GGGGCAGCAAUCCUCCCAACAAGAGGCUGACAAUGCUGAGCUGUCGAGUACUCCUCUACCUCCUGCUCCACCUCACCCUCAGCCUUGUGCAAGCCCAGGAAGAAGUUGAGGUGCAAGACGUGGACGAAAACGGAGAGGUAAACACGAGAAUGAAGAACCCACUCUUCGGUAAACCCAAGCACAAGAAAGACGAUUCCAGGACAGUCAAUGUCCUGAAGGAUAUUGCGACGACAGAAGAGUUUAUCAACUCGUCUGAUGUGACCAUCAUGGGAUUCAUCAAAGAUCUGAAAUCCAAAGAGGCUGAUAUCUUCCACGAAGUGGUAAAAAACGUCAGGGCGCUAUCCUUCGGGCUCACCCCCAGUGAGGUGGUUUGGAAGAAAUACAAUGUGACCGAAAGCACCAUUUCUAUCUUCAAGAAGUAUGACGAAAAACGUGCUGACUAUGAACUGGGAGUGAUCACUGGGAUGACGGCGGCCAAAGUGGUUGAGUUUGUGAACGUCAAUGAAAUGCGCCUGGUGACUGAGUACAACGACCAUAACGCCAUUCAGAUAUUUGGCUCCCACAUUCCCGUCCACAUUCUGCUGAUAGUGAAUAAAUCGGCGCCCGAGUACCCCACACUGCUGGAGAUCUUCACAACUGUUGCUCGCGACUACAGGGGAACGAUGAUCUUCAUCCACGUCGACACGGACAUGAAGUCGAACAUUCGGGUGAUGGCGUUUUUCAGCCUGAAGCACGAGAACCUCCCGUCCGUCUGUCUGUAUAACACACUGACCGACGACGUGGUGAUCAUGAGAGCUGGUGAGAUCAGCGCCUUCAGGAUCAGAGGAUUCUGCAAUGAGUACAUCGGUGUCAAGCCCAGACAGCAGAUGCCCAUACGGAGAGCACCUGAAGAGCUCUGAGACGUAAUUCCAUUGAAGAUUUUUUCAGGAUGUGUGUCUUCUUUCACUCUAUAACACAUCCGCUGCCUUAUAAAUGUGCCUCAAAUAAACUACCAAAAC